CUGAAUUCUAUAUGUAGAAUCAACGUGCGGCUGCCGUGCAGGACAGAGCUGCAUCCCAAGCCACACUCUGCUGUGUGCAGUUCUCCCUCUCUCCCCUAUCCUCUUUUCUCAUUUUUCCCUUUAUUCAUCUGCAGUUUGAUUACACGCACGUGAUAAACGUAAUGGCCCUGACCUGAACCUUGGGUUGCCAGUGUUUAUCAGAACCUCUGACCUCACUCUCCUUUCGUCCAUCUUCCCUCCAACGCGUGCUUUUCGCGUCCUCCAGAGGCCUUCAUGCCACUCUCUUAGCUCUGCUUUGCUCCAGUCCCUUCUUUUCCUUCAAGCACAUUUGCCUUGUUCCUUCUCAUCCCAUAGCCUGUCUAUCAGGGAGGGGAAAAGGUCCUGUGCCAAGAGCAGAGCUAUAAAAUAAAGCCUUCUGGAACGUCACAAGCGUCCAUUGUUUGUCAUUAUGGCUCACGUAAGGGUUCGUAUUCUGAUGUCCGUGAUUGUUGCAACGAUCACCACCUUAUUCUUCUUCUGGGGUACUCAUCGGUAUGACAACACCAUCCUCAUCAAGGUCGAUUCUCCAGUGAACCGAGUGGCUUCCACCAGUUCCAGCCACUCGCAAUCAGAUAUCCCCAACAAGACUCCUGACGAAUUGUGUCACACCGACAAAUCAGUUGCCCCAGCAGUGGCCCUGGGAGAAUGGCUCAUUCGCAAGAACUAUACCCGCGUCUACAUGCGUCCCAACUUUCACCCCGCAACCACGAAAUUCAAUUCACUGGAGCCCAUCGAGGGAAAGGUCCUUCCACCGUUUCGCGCUCUUGAGCGUGGACUAAAAGUGUCCAACGAGACCGACCCUUGGCCGUGUCCACCGAUCGUGGAUGUCAACGUCGCCACAGACCUGCCUAUCGAAAGUACAAGCCAGCUCCUGUUUGGCCUCGCAACAACCGUUGAGAGGCUGGACAGCCUCUUGCCAUCCCUAUUAUAUUCCUAUGGAAAUACCAAGGCUACUCUCCUCGUUCUUGUGCCUGACAACCGACAUGACCUUGACUUCCAGGAGGCUUAUUUCCGGACCCGUGGCCUCGACCUCAGAUUGAAGCCUUCUCCGCUGGAGUUCAAUGCUCGUUAUUUCGGCUUGGUUGGUGCUUUGAGGGAAUUUAUUGAUGAAGAGCGACCAGACACGAAAUGGGUCAGCUUUGUCGAUGAUGAUACGUUCUUCCCUUUCCUGCCGAGAAUUGCAGAGAAGCUCGCAACGCUGGACGCCUCUAAGAAACACUACAUCGGUGGUGUGUCUGAAGCAAGUUGGCAGGUCAAAACCUUUGGGCACAUUGCAUUCGGUGGAGCCGGGGUAUUUAUCUCAAAAGGAUUGUUGGACGCCCUCCAACCAAUGUACCAGAUAUGCCAAGAUUUUGGUGAACGACAUGGAGACCAAAAGCUAGCGCAAUGCAUUGAGAAAUUUGGGAAAACAAAGUUCACGGCUUGGGAUUCACUGUACCAAAUGGACAUGACCGGGAAGCCCGACGGAAUUUUUGAAUCCGGGAAAGAAAUCAACUCCAUACAUCACUGGAACACCUGGUUUAAAACGGAUGUUGCCAAAAUGAGCGCUGUAGCUAUAGUUGCAGGACGCCAUUCCGUGCUGCGACGCUGGCAGUUUGACGAGACAGUCGAACAAGGCGACAAUGGAGUUGAGAAGCGGAGCUUCUGGGUAUUGACUAAUGGCUACUCCAUUGUCCGAUACACUAUGGAUGCCAGCAUCUCCGCCAGCGCAAUAAAUUUCGACCACACCGAAAAGACAUGGAACGAGGAUCCAAAGGGCUAUGAGAAAAGACUGGGACCGCUGAGACUUAAACACCAGCCUGGAAUCAGAAAGGAUCGAUGGAUGCUGUCAGACUCCGUUGUUGUCGGCAACAAUGUCCAUCAGACCUACAUCUGCAAGGACUGGGAGGGCCACAGCGUUGUCGAGCUUGUCUGGCUCGGGAAUCAGGGCUGGCUUCGACCAGAUAACGCCUAUCACUUUUGAGCCGAUAAAUCUCCAAACGUGAUAUGUGAUUUCUAGUUCCAGACACAGCGAGAGCAGGAUCUCAUAAGAAUGUUUUGCAAUGUGCCCUCGUUCAAAGGAUAUGUAAUUCACUGUUCCUACGUCCCUUUCUUCAUGCCUAGAGCGAUAAGCCACCAUUUCCAAGGAGUUUUUAGACGGACAGGGUAUGAGAGAAAAGGCAUGGCGUUCGGGAAGAGAGGAACGAGCGAUCUUCGGCGUUGAUAAGGGAUUUCUGCGAACCAAAGAGGGUUUUAUUCAAGAAUUUCAUAAAAUAUGGAUGGAAAGGCCAGAUUGUGUGUACAACCAUGUAUGUAAAAUAGGACGAAAAGUGAAUAACAAGGCCAUCCCAUAUCAAUUG